CUGACAUCAAUGCUAAGAGGGUCAAUAAUUUGGUCCAACUCAUAAUACUGCUUGACCGGAACGGGUUGAGCUAGAUAUCUAAGAUGACUCCUAUAGAUGGCGUUGCGGAGAUGCCAUUCAUUAUUUCGGAUGGAAUCGGAAGCACAGAGGCAAACAAACGAAAGUUGAUCAGAAGACAUGUGAUGUUGGGGAAGAAUCGAGGCAAGACCCGAAAAGUGAAGCGAGGAGACCACCAGCCUGCUCUGGGUGACUUGGGCUACAAUGGCGAUGAUGUAUCGCCCGGAUUAUCGAUCAACAUGCGUUAUUCGCACAUCCCUCCAAAGGUGGGAUCUGAGGUAUCGUUCACACAGUUUGCAGAUUCUGUGGAGCCAGCGUUGAUCAAAGACAUCUUGAAAUUCUCCUUUAUGGCUAAAAGAGUCAUUUAUCCUCUUGAAAGAUGCAUCAAUUUUGACAAAAAGGACAAUUUUGAUCGAAUGUGGUUCGAGCUCAUGACGCAAGACGCCGCAUAUCUUCAUACUGUCCUUUUCACAUCCCAGACUUAUUUCAUGCAUACGUCUAGCCAGAACAAUCCCGGGGCGGUUAAAACGGUAAUCAUGCAUCAUUCUAGAGCACUUCAGCUGCUCCGCGAGAGGUUAGCGGCGAAACAUGAAGAGGUCAAGAUAUCGGAUCCUACAAUCCUUGUUGUUUUGGCCCUUGCUGGCCAUGCGCACAUGAUUAAUGACUAUGAGACCGCAAAGACACAUAUUGACGGCCUCCGGAGGAUUGUUCAGUUGAGAGGAGGUUUGUCCACUUUCAGUUACCACCCGAAACUCUCAAUAGAGCUCUUGAAAUGCGAUUUGGGAAUAGCACUCAGCUAUGGUACCAAGACAGUCUUCUUCACUGAACCAUCGUCGGAAUUUUUGAUGCCAUAUCCGGAUUUUAAACAGUUCAUGACACAACACUCAAGCCCAACUCAGCAGGAGACGUAUUCCAGCCUAGAACACCUAAAUAUUGAUGAGAAACUAGGAAAUACCUGGAGUGUCUUGAGAAGAUUCUGCUUGGUAAUUAACUCAGCUGCAGAACACAAGCGCCGGCUACCAAAAGAAAUCCUCUUAAAUACAAUGGCGCCCGUAAUGUAUCGUUUACUCAAUAUGACUUUCGAGUCGGGUUCCUUCAAUGAAUCUAUUCGAUUAGUCCAGUUAGCAUUCUCAUCGCACGUCUUCCUUCACUGGCAAGGAGUUAAAUACCCACAUACUUAUCUCCCGGAGCGCUUUCGAAACUGUCUCCUUACACUCAAGUUUCCAAUCGAAUCCUCACCUCACUUGCUUUGCUGGUUGCUUGUGAUGGGAGCCAUAUCGAUAUUCGGCCCUACCGAUAAUGCUUGGCUUGUUCCCUGGAUACAAGUCAACCUGAGGCUUUGCGAAGUAGAGAGCUGGGAUAAGCUACGUCAUCAGCUAAAGCAAUUUCUUUGGAUUGAUAUCCUUCAUGACCAACUUGGCGAGUCGAUCUUUGACAUUGCGUGGCCCUUGCAGAAAGAUGAUGAAAGUAGUGACUUUUACGAAGAACAAGCAGCAUCAACGCCGCUACAGAGAAAAUAGGGACGAUUCAUAUCCUAUAUGUGCG